UUAACAGCAACAUGGCAGCGCCCUUAGCUCUCCACCUGGAGUUCGGGGGAGGAGCUGAACUUCUGUUUGAUGGAGUCAAGAAUCAUCAUGUGACACUCCCUAGCCAAUCAGAUCCCUGGGACAUGAAGCAGCUGCUGGCAUGGAUCCGAGGGAACAUGCUGAAGGAGCGCCCCGAGCUCUUUAUGCAGGGCGACACUGUUAGACCUGGUAUUCUUGUAUUGAUUAAUGAUGCAGACUGGGAACUGAUGGGAGAACUGGAGUACCAGCUUCAGGACCAGGAUAAUGUUGUCUUUAUCUCCACGCUUCAUGGAGGUUAACUGACUCUUAAAGAAGCACUACCACACCCAUACAGGAGCCCCUGCACCCUUCAAAAGGUCAAAUAUCGAAUGAUCCAUCAACAAUGGCUUCAUUUGCUGAUUUCAAUUCUGACCGUGGACUUCUCCACCAAUCCAGUGAAAAGACGCUGACUUAUUCUGGUUUUAAAUCCAAGAAAAUGUAACGUCAUCGGGAAUCUGGCUGCAGCUAGACUGUUUGCUGUCCCCUGCACCUUACAGGAGCAUGGUGGGGUUACGAUGGGAGCACCGGCUCAUUUGGAAGGUCACUCUCUGUCUAGCCAGUGUCCAGAUGGAUUCUCUGGAGACGUGGUGGAACGGUUGCCCCAUGUCAAAUGGCUCCGUUAUAAUCUUAAUUUGUUUUCUUUCGAUACCUUAAUAGCCAUACAUUGUAUGUUUACUAUGUAAGACCUUUGCUAUUUUUUUUUUUGGAUUAAUAAAUAUAAAAAAAAUAAAAAUAAUUGUCAUUAUAUUCUUUUGAUAUUAAAUAGAUUUUAAGGGGGGAAAUGCAUUCAAAUGCAAAUUAAAAAAUGUUUACCUUUUAAAAAAAUAAAAAUUUUUUUUUUAAAGAUAUCUCUUUAAAUGCAGUCCAUCUUGCCAUAAUGUUUCAUAUUUGUCGCAAGCACAUUUUUUAAUAUUUUGAAUUCAUGUGAAUAAGCUGCACUUAUACACUGCUAUACGUAGGC